UACAAAAAAUGGCAUUUUUAUAUCUACCACCUCUUCGAACAAACCCUGUAGCACAGCUCACAAGAUUAUCUCCUCAUAAUACCAACCAUAAAAUCUCCACCAUGUCAAUAGCUAACGAACUCACUAACCAAGCUAACUCGUACGAUCGACUCGCUGAAGUCAAACGAUUCGAUGAGUCAAAACUCGGAGUCAAAGGCCUCGUUGACUCCGGCCUCAAAACCAUCCCUCGCUUCUUUCACCACCCGCCCGACACGUUACCCGCCCCGAAGUCCGACCCGAGGACCCGGCCCGAUUACAAGAUCCCGGUAAUUGAUCUCUCCGGUGAUCGCGCUGCCGUGGUGGAGGAAAUACGGCGAGCCUCCGCGACGCUAGGGUUUUUUCAGAUUGUUAAUCAUGGUGUUCCGUUGUCGAAGAUUGAUGGCUUGAUAUCGGCGAUUAAGGCGUUCAAUGAGCUGCCGAUGGAGAUAAAAUCGCAGCAUUAUCAUCGAGAAUUGGGGCGCGGGGCGUCGUUUCAGACUAAUUUUGAUUUGUUUCAGUCCAGAGCUGCUAGCUGGCGUGAUACUUUGCAGGUGAGGCUAGCACCUACACCACCAGAUUGGAACGAUGUUCCGGAGAUUUGUCGGAAUGAGGUUGCAGAAUGGGAAAAGGAAGUGGUGAAAGUUGGUGAUGAGUUAUUGGGAUUGUUGAGUGAAGGAUUAGGGUUGGAGAAAAAUAAACUGAAAGAACUGUCGUGUUUGGAUGGGAGAAUGAUGGUGAAUCAUUAUUAUCCUUAUUGUCCACAACCAGAUUUAACAGUUGGGAUUACAUCACAUACAGAUCCUGGAGUGGUGACUGUGUUAGUGCAGAAUGAGGUAGGUGGUUUGCAGGUCAAAGUUGGGGAAGAUGACUGGGUUGAUGUGGAGCCUGUUCCUGGCGCAAUUGUGAUUAAUAUUGGUGACAUUCUUCAGAUCAUGUCCAAUGAUGUAUAUAAAAGUGUAGAGCAUCGAGUACUGGCCAACCCACUUCAGGAGGCACGAAUAUCUAUUGCAGUUUUCUUCAACCCGGGAAUUAGAGAAAACAUAUAUGGACCAAUACCAGAGAUUGUAUCCUCAGAGAAACCACCUGUUUACCAAAGUUUUCCAUUGACAGACUUCAUGACACGAUUCUUUACCAAGGAGUUGGGUGGCAAGAGUUUGAUUGAUUACUACAGACUCUGAGCACCCGCGGUCAAUACAGAAUAAGACAUUUUAUAUACAGUUCUUGCAACCUAUUAUAAAUUGUCUUCUACAAACACAAUAUUCUGUUAGAAAGAUGAAAAAAAUGCUGUACACUUGUAACGUACUCCUACAAAUGGUCUAAAUAUGUCAUCUCUAGUUUAAAAAAACUGCAUCUGUAAUAAAUAUUCAAUUAUUUAUCGAUAUAUGUCACGUGAAAGUGUCGUCAA